AUGAGAACUCAUCAGAGUAGACGAUAAAUAGUUUUUUGAAUGGUUUCCGUGUUGCAGACGGAGCAAUCAUCGCCCAUCGUCUUCUUAGUCAAAACCUCACAUUUUUUCGCCUUCGCACUAGUGUUUAUGAUUACACUGCCCACAUCCGUAAACAGUACCCGAAUACCCGCAAGACAAACAAGAAAUCGAAAACAAUCUCUUUAAUUUUCGGAUUCCCUCUGUUCUCAACCCAAAGAUUUUUUUCGCAACCGCUUUUCUUCUCCGGGUUUGGGUACAUUUUCAUUUCUCCAAAAUGUUUCGAACUCGAGUGUAUUCGGGUCGGGAUGGCGCAAACCCGUUUAAAGCAAUUGCCGUUUUGGAUGCCAAAGGUGAUCGUCUCAGGUCGUCGUUGAAAUUCGGAGUUUGGGUUCUGUUCAUCGCUUCGGCUCUGUUGGCUCUUAAUUCAGCACUCACCGGCGAGAUCCCAUUGUUCCGGCGGUGCUCCGAAUCCGCCGGGUCGACCCUGAAAUACGCGCCGGCGCCCGAGAGCGAGAUCCACGACCCGGAUUCUUCCUCGCCGACGAACAUAUCCCACAUCGUAUUCGGCAUCGGCGGUUCGGUCAAGACUUGGAGUUACCGGAGAUAUUACUCCGAACUCUGGUGGCAGCCGAACAUCACGCGGGGGUUCGUAUGGCUGGACGGGGAACCCGGAUCGGGUUCCCCGUUGCCCGAGACUUCCCCGCCGUACCGGAUUUCAUCGGACUGGAAGAAAAUCAAGGACACCCGUUUCCAGUCGGCAGUGCGGUUAUCCCGGAUCGUGGUGGACUCGUUCCGGGCCGGGUUACCGGGCGUGAGGUGGUUCGUGAUGGGGGACGAUGACACGGUGUUCUUCCCCGACAACCUGGUAUCCGUACUGGGGAAGUACGACCACCGGGAGAUGUACUACGUCGGCGGGAACUCGGAGAGCGUGGAGCAGGACACGUUGCACGCGUACGACAUGGCGUUUGGCGGCGGCGGUUUCGCGAUAAGUUAUCCAUUGGCGGCAGAACUGGUCAAAAUAAUGGACGGCUGCCUCGACAGAUACUCCUACAUGUACGGCUCAGAUCAAAGGGUGUGGGCAUGUGUAAGCGAGCUUGGUGUUUCUCUGACCAGAGAACUCGGGUUCCACCAGAUGGACAUAAGAGGAGAUGCAUUUGGUCUACUGGCAGCUCAUCCUUUAGCACCCCUUGUAUCCCUCCACCACCCUGAAAGUAUUCAGCCACUUUUCCCCAACAAAACCCUACUCCAGUCAUUCCAGACCAUCAUCCAAGCAUACAAGCCCGACCCGGCGAGAAUAAUGCAGCAAUCGAUCUGCUACAACAAGUGGAAAUGGUCAAUAUCCAUCUCUUGGGGCUAUGCUGUCCAAAUAUACCCUCGGGUUUUGACCCCCAAAGAGUUAGAAAUGCCACUGCAGACGUUCCAAACAUGGCGUACAUUGAGCAACGGGCCUUUCACGUUCAAUACCCGACCUGUGAGUCCUGACCCGUGCCAGCAUCCCAUCGUGUUCUAUUUAGAUUCGGUUAAUGAUGUGGCCCAAGAGGGCGUGACGGUGACUACUUAUAAGAAGUUAUUGGACCGGCCAAAAAACAAGUGUCCCUUCAUGAAUUACCUCAUUGCAGUUGGGGUAGAGAAGAUUGUUGUCUCUGCUGAGAAAAUGGACUACCAAUUGUUGAAUCAGAAACCGCGAAGACAAUGCUGUGAGAUCAGUGAAGGUUUCUGGAGUAGCACGAUGAAAAUCAAGAUUAGGAGAUGUAACCCCGGUGAGGCCAUAUUAAUGCCAGGAAGUUAAAGUAGAACACAUAUCUCAUUGUGGGUUAGUUAGGUGUAAAUAAUACGGAGUAUGUACUACGUUUAGAGGAUAUGAACUCUAUAUACCUCUUCUUCAACUCAGGAAUUGCUGUUUCAAAGUGAAUAACAGUGUGUCCUUCCAUGUAAUACUAAUACCCAGCAUCUUGGUUUGGAGAGAAACCUUGAUUCUAAAUUUUAACGGCAGAGUAAUGUAUCACGUGUUGCGUUACCUGUUUCUGGAUUUAGC